AUGCAGGACCAGCCACGGCUUCUACCAGACGACGUGCUCGCGGACGUCCUCCGUCGCCUUGCCCCGUGCAGCCUCGCCGUGUCCCGCUGCGUCUGCAAGGCAUGGCGUGCCGUCGUCGACGGCCACCGUCUGCUGCGAGCAGACCUCCUCCCACUCUCGUUGGGUGGCAUCUUCAUCAGCCUGACGCGUGAGCCAGCACCGCCAGAAUUCUUCGCCCGGCCCUCGAAGGGGCCCAAGAUCGCUUGCAAGCUCGAAAACUACGUGAAGAUGGACGACUGCUGGAGCAUUCCGAUCAUCAUCGACUGCUGCAAUGGCCUCCUCCUGCUCGACGGGCGCGUGGUCAACCCGGCAACACAACGAUGGGCACGCUUGCCGCCUUGCCCGGCCUUGCUCGACGGGAUGACGGGCUUCGGUUGGGACGAUGCCUACCUUGCGUUCGACCCCAUCUUAUCGCCACACUACGAGGUGCUCUUAAUCCAAGACCCCCUUGAUUACAGCAAAACACUAUUAGAGGGAUCAGAAUGGCCGCCGUCACCAUGCACGAUGUGUGUCUACUCAUCACGAACAGGGACAUGGGAGGAGAAGCCCUUUGUCCGGGAAGGGGGAUCUGCAGGUACCAUUGAAGACGUUCAGUCAGCUUCGGAGCCUGAAUACCGUCACGCCGUCUACUGGCAUGGAGCACUUUACGUGCAUUGCAAAAGUGAUUUUAUUAUGCGGUAG